AGCCGCGCUGCUGCGUAUACGUCGCAAUAGUCAGCAGCAGGCUCGUUGGUGUAUGCCCAAUUUUCGCCAAUAAAUUCUAUAGGCACAUUCACUGUACUUUUCACAAUACGUGUUCUUUUGAUACCAGGAUCGCAGUCCAUAUUUAAAAAAGAAGAAUUUUUCAAACCCGCUUCAACAGCUAGAGGUUACUAUAAAUGUUUUGCACACGCCACGCAAAAAUAAAGCACAACGAGGUAAAGCCCGGAGCUAGGCCAGUGCUGGCCGGCCUAGCGUAGCUCCUGAGAUUCCUACCCAGCUCGGCCCCGGUACACGUGUUUGUACGGCCGUAAACAACUAGUCAAGUGCAUCUAGUACCGUGUGCAAAGACCAGACAAAAACUGACUGAGCCUGCUGGACAAUCUCGCCAAGUUCUUCGUUUUAAACCGUAAAUUAAAAGAAGAAUCAUGUCUGUACUUGCAGUUUGCACUCUUGCCGGACCUGGAGAAGUAAAGGGGGUCAUCAACUUUGAGGCUAAAGAGGCUGGUGUAAAUGUCAGCGGUACAGUGACGGGCCUUGCCCCUGGUCAACAUGGCUUCCAUAUCCAUCAAUUUGGAGACAACACGAAUGGAUGUGUUUCUGCUGGAGGUCACUUCAAUCCCAAUGCUAAAACACAUGGAGCACCAGAAGACGAAGAGAGACAUGCUGGAGAUCUUGGUAACAUCGUAGCUGAUGACAGUGGUACUGCCAACGUAAACAUCACUGACAGACAACUCUCUCUGUCUGGACCUCAAUCUAUCAUUGGACGCUCGGUGGUGGUGCAUGCCGACAUUGAUGAUUUGGGGAAAGGUGGUCACGAGCUCAGCAAGACCACGGGUAACGCGGGAGGGCGUCUUGCUUGUGGAGUCAUUGGAAUCAGGAAGGCUUGACUAGAUGCACCACGACUCUGAACCUUGCGCUCAAACAUUCAUUAAUAAUCUCGGAUAUAUAUGUAUAUGUGUAAACACUUUGAUUUAUUCGAUGCAAUUACGUGUAGAUAGAGAGUGGCUUUUUGUUGGAACGAUCAUUGAUUACACCAGAAUUUUGGCAUUGUUUUUGUAUAAGAUCAGUGACUAUGUAGUGUAAUUUAAUCAAUCUUUAAUAUUGAUUUGUUUCACUGUCAUUUCACACAGAUUAAUUAAGCCAGUAUUAGUUCUAUAAAAAAAAAAUAUAUCAAGUGGAAUCCCUAUGCUAAGAAAGUUUAAUCUGUCCUUGCCCAAAGUUAUCAUAGCAUUUAUAUGCACAUGAACACGAGGGGUGAAAUGUUUGGAAUAAGGUGAUGUGGCAUAUGAAGUAGAAUGCUUAAUAAAUUGUAAUAUUUUACAUCAUGGCCAAGUUUAAGUAGACAACUUGUAUUACCCUCACUUGGGGAAAACAAUUUCGGUCAACUUCAUUUUGCACUGUAAUUAACAUUUGUGUCUUUGUUGUGUGGUAAAGCAAUUUAUCUUCUGUACAAUCAUGUUUAAAAUGAUAUUCAAGAGCAAUUGGUGUAAAUUUCUCAUUUUAAGUUUUAAUGAUAAAUAUGAUAUUGUUUGGAGCAGGGACUGCAGAAGCCCAUGGAAUCCUUUUAUUUUAUGACCAGAUAAGUUGCUGAAGUUCACAAUGCAUGUGUCAGAGUUGUGUCGAGAAACUAAACUUGGAAGUUGGAGCAUUUUUCUUCCUUAAACCGUCUGAUAAUUGACUAUCAAAAGUGUUUACUGUCUCGUUGCUAUAUACAUGUAUAUAGUAAUACAUUUUUUCUUACCGUCAGUUAAUAAUCAUUACGACUUGUAUUCCACAUUUUCCAGCUAAUUUUCCUCCACGCGUGAAUUGUCAUUGAGCAUAUUGUAGCAUUGUAAGUAAAAAAAAAAGAAACGAUUAUAAAAGUACUGUUGUUCAUGAUGAGAGUUUCCUGCAAAGAUUAUUGACUUGUAUUUGUAUCAAUAGAUUUAUAUUUUGUUAAAAAAGAUGACUUUUCGAGAAAUGAGUGUUGUCUCCUGUAACUAGACUUGUGAUUUAUCUGAUAUUUUCCAGUCACUUAACAAGUGCAUACAUGGAGAUUCAUGUUUAUCUUUGCAAGUUUAAACAUUUUUUUUUUAAUGUCUUCUCCAUAGACUAAAAGGAAAUAAAAAUAUAUCUCUAAAAGCACUAUCAAUUGCUGGUUAUAUUAUAAAACUAAACAUAUGUCAUGUACAUGCGCUCAUACAUGCAUUUGCUUUGAAGAUGAUCGUGAGCCAAGCUCUAAGUAUGUCUCAUAAAAGUACAUUGGUAUUGAAAUGAAUAUAGUUUAUUAAAGAGAAAAAAAAAGUUAAUAAGUUUGUGAAAUGUGCCUUUCAUCUGAAGUUUUGUAUAAACCAACAGUCAAGUUGUGUUUAGAGCCUGUCUAAAGUUGGGUUUGAUCCCGGGCUUUGAUAUUGAAAUGGUUUUAUGAAAAUAAAAAUGCAAUUAUUUGUAUUUUUUCUUGGGCAUCUGAUCAAAAUAAGUUUUCCAGUCAAAUCCUAAAGUGCAUCUUUAGUUUUGUUAAAUCCCCCAAUGUUUGUGUCAUUUUCAUUGCUAGAUUAUAUCGAUGCCAUGAAAUAGUUGUGAUGCGAAGGAGAAAAUUACGUUUGUGUGGAUUUUACGUCAAAAUUUCUUUUGAUCAGGUAUCGAAAAUAAAAUAUUUGUGCCUUGUUGAUUUAAAACCUCUUUUUAAAGGGAUGCACCAUUAGAUAUCCAGGGGGGCUGGAAGUUCCCCCCAAAAAAUAAAUUGACUUGAUAUAUGAGGGGGAAUAAACUUGACUCGCCAUCAUAGUAAAAGAAAAGAAACUUGGUCCUCUAACCAUCUGAAAGGGUUAAAAAAAAUAAAAAAAACUCAAUUGACUGGGAAAAAAAAGACUACUCAAAGAAGGAAAAAAAAAAUCGCAUCAACCCAAACUUCCAGCCCCCCCCCCCCCCCCCCGGUAUCUAAUGGUGCAUCCCUAAAUCUCGAGCAUGGAUUAUGGAAUGGGCUGAAAAUUUCAGUAACCAAUUACGAAAUUUGUAAAGUGUUCAAAUCACAUUUUUAGAUUAAAAAAACAAA